UCUCCCUCUUUCUCUCUCUUCUUCUCCUUCCCCCUCUCUCUUUCCCUCCCUCCCUCUCUUUCUUUCUCUCUCUCUCCCUUCCUCUCCUUCCCUCCCUCUUUCUUUCUCUCCCUCUCUCUCUUUCUCUCUCUUCCUCUCCUUCCCCCUCUCUCUUUCCCUCCCUCCCUCUCUUUCUUUCUCUCUCUCCCUCCCUUCCUCUCCUUCCCUCCCUCUCUCUCUGUUUCUCUCUCUCUCUUUCCCUCCCUCUCUUUCUCUCUCUCUCUCCCUUCCUCUCCUUCCCUCCCUCUCUCUCUGUUUCUCUCUCUCUCUUUCCCUCCCUCUCUCUCUUUCUCUCUCUCUCCCUUCCUCUCCUUCCCUCCCUUUCUCUUUCCCUCCCUCCCUCUCUUUCUCUGUCUCUCCCUUCCUCUCCUUCCCUCCCUCUCUCUUUCCCUCCCCCCCUCUCUGUCUCUCUCUGUCUCUCUCUCUCUCUCUUUCUCUCUUUGCUUAUCUGAGCUUUCUGAUGCGGGGCAAAAAACUUCACUUCGCCCCUGGUUUUGCUGGGAUGCGAUACGUCUUCCGACUGAGUGCACGCAGUUUUUUUCUAAAACGAGUUAUCUCCAAUCAUCACGUUUCUCCGGGAAAGGGCCCUUUUUGGAGAGAGGGUGUAUUCCGGACAACUGAAGUUUUUUCUUGUGUCUUGUGUCAUAUAUUUCAAAGUUGAUUGCACACUGCAGAGUGCAGCUUGAUGUUUUGUUUGUUUCAAACUACAGGCGAGGCAAAAGUUUUUUUAAAAUCUCUCAGAAAUAACAGCAUCUUGGCCCUGUUGGCAAUGGCUGGGAAUUGAUCAGAUAUGAUUGCUUCCCACUUGACUGACCAUCUAUGACUAUGUUUUGCUGGUGGAUGUAGAAAAUAUUUUCCGUGGCAGCUGAUUUGAAUCUGACAACUAAAGAAAAGCAAUAUUUGCUCAAGAAUUUAACGGUGGCCUUGGACUGAUAACAAUGAAUCAUUAUUACAUUGCUUUUAUGUGCACUGUGCUUGGCACUGAAUUACUAAGGAGCUUUGGUACCCCUGUCAAAUCCCCAAGGUUCAGAGGUCGGGUGCAGCAUGAACGAAAAAAUAUUAGGCCAAAUAUUAUACUUGUGCUUACAGAUGACCAGGAUGUGGAGCUUGGGUCCUUGCAAGUGAUGAAUAAAACCAGGAAGAUAAUGGAGAAUGGAGGUGCCAGUUUUGUUAAUGCAUUUGUAACCACUCCAAUGUGCUGUCCAUCUCGGUCCUCGAUGUUGACAGGAAAAUAUGUUCACAAUCACAAUGUUUAUACUAACAAUGAGAACUGCUCUUCUCCGUCCUGGCAAGCAACACAUGAGCCACGCACCUUUGCUGUGUAUCUCAACAAUACUGGAUAUAGAACUGCUUUUUUUGGAAAAUACCUCAAUGAAUACAAUGGCAGCUAUAUCCCCCCUGGCUGGCGAGAGUGGGUUGGAUUAAUAAAAAAUUCUCGUUUCUAUAAUUACACUGUUUGUCGCAAUGGCCUUAAAGAGAAGCAUGGAUUUGAAUAUUCAAAGGACUAUUUUACAGAUUUAAUCACUAACGACAGUAUCAAUUAUUUCAAAAUGUCUAAGAGGACAUAUCCCCAUAGACCUAUAAUGAUGGUGAUCAGCCAUGCAGCUCCCCAUGGCCCAGAAGACUCUGCACCACAAUUCUCUGAGCUGUAUGCAAACGCUUCUCAGCACAUAACUCCUAGUUACAACUAUGCACCCAAUAUGGAUAAGCAUUGGAUCAUGCAGUAUACAGGGCCUAUGCUUCCCAUCCAUAUGGAAUUUACGAAUACCUUGCAACGCAAAAGACUUCAAACUCUGCUGUCAGUUGAUGAUUCCAUGGAAAGGUUAUAUCAUAUGCUAGUGGAAACUGGAGAACUGGAGAAUACUUACAUUAUUUACACUGCUGAUCAUGGUUACCAUAUUGGACAGUUUGGACUGGUCAAGGGAAAGUCAAUGCCAUAUGAUUUUGAUAUUCGUGUUCCUUUCUUUAUUCGUGGUCCAAGUAUAGAGCCGGGAUCAGUAGUAUCUCACAUGGUGCUGAAUAUUGAUCUUGCUCCAACAGUUUUGGAUAUUGCAGGACUCGAGACACCUCCAGAUAUGGAUGGCAAAUCUAUUCUUAAACUUCUGGACCUUGAAAAACCAGGGAACAGGUUUCGAACAAACAAGAAAAUCAAAGUCUGGCGUGAUACAUUCCUGGUGGAAAGAGGCAAAUUUUUGCGUAAGAAGGAAGAAUUGGGCAAAAAUACCCAGCAAUCAAAUCAUUUGCCUAAAUAUGAGAGAGUAAAAGAAUUAUGUCAACAAACGCGAUACCAAACAGCUUGUGAGCAACCUGGUCAGAAAUGGCAGUGUAUUGAAGACACGUCUGGAAAACUACGUAUUCACAAAUGCAAAGGGGCAAGUGACAUUCUUGCUAUGAGAAAAAGAACACGGAGUAUACAUUCCCAGGGAUAUAGCAGCAAAGAAAAUGACUGUGAUUGCGGGGAGGCUGAUUAUCAGACCAGUCGGGCCCAAAGGAAAAAUCAAAGAGGCUUCAUGAGGACAUCCAGUGUACAAAAAUACAAACCCCGGUUUGUCCAUACUCGCCAAACUCGGUCCUUAUCUGUGGAAUUUGAAGGGGAAAUAUACAGUAUAAAUCUGGAGGAAGAAGAGGAGAAGGAGGAGGAAGAGGAGGAGGAGUUGCACAUCCUUCAGUCCAAAAGCAUUGUUAAGCGGCAUGGAAGUUACAGUGAAGAGGAAGAAGAGGAAGCAGAGGAAGAUCAUCCAGAAGAUGGUGAUGGAAUUAAAGCAAUGCUUGCUGAUGGGACUAACACAGUUGGCCAGCCAGAUUCUGUCAAAGUUACUCAUAAAUGUUUUAUUCUUUCAAAUGACACCAUCCAUUGUGAAAGGGAGCUAUAUCAUUCAGCCAGAGCUUGGAAAGAUCACAAAGCCUACAUCGAUAAGGAGAUUGAAGCUCUCCAGGAUAAAAUUAAAAAUUUAAGAGAAGUAAGAGGACAUCUUAAAAGACGAAAACCAGAUGAAUGUGACUGUAGCAAAAAGAGCUAUUACCACAAAGAAAAGGGGGCAAAAGUUCAAGAAAAGCUUAAGACAAGUCAUCUACAUCCAUUCAAGGAAGCUGCUCAAGAGGUGGAUGGUAAACUUCAGCUCUUCAAAGAGAAUCGGAGGAGAAAAAAAGAAAGGAAAGGGAAAAAGCGCCAGAAGAAAGGAGACGAAUGCAGCCUUCCUGGACUCACUUGCUUUACUCAUGACAACAAUCACUGGCAGACUGCGCCAUUCUGGAACUUGGGAUCAUUUUGUGCUUGUACAAGCUCCAACAACAACACUUACUGGUGUUUGCGAACAGUAAAUGAAACACACAACUUCCUCUUCUGUGAAUUUGCUACAGGAUUUUUGGAGUAUUUUGAUAUGAAUUCUGAUCCCUAUCAGCUAACAAAUUCGGUUCAUACGGUAGAAAGAGGCAUUUUGAACCAGCUACAUCUUCAGCUAAUGGAGCUACGAAGUUGUCAAGGUUAUAAGCAGUGCAAUCCAAGACCUAAGGGACUUGACACAGAGGACACUUAUGGCAUGGAUGGGAAGGCUAGGUUCCCAAAUUUUACAGAAAGUAUCAGCUGGCAAGGACUGGAGGAUUUGUACAGUGUGAAUGAAAGUUUAUAUGAAACCAGAAACAACUACAGCAUUCAUUCUGAUGACUGGAGAAAUUACUUGAAGGAUGUAGAUAGAAUCUUUGCACUGCUGAACAGUUACUCUAAGCAAAAUCAAAGAGCAGAGACUCCCACUGUUAAUACGAGUGGAGACUUGGAUGAAUCAUCCACAUCAUUUUCCUUGCUGGGAAUGAGCUCUGCUGAAAUAGAUGAAGGUUCGAGUGGGUUGACAACCCUAGAGGCUCAACCUAUCAUCCCAACCUAUUAUGGAGACCUGACCUUGAGCACAGUAGUGUCAAGCAAGGAUGGCAGACUUGAAUUAAGCAAUGAUAUUCCUGCAAAAAGGAGUACAAAUGGCCACCAAGCCAAAACAAGGCUGAAGAUUGAAGAGCCAGUUAAUUCAGAAAUGGAUUUUAGUGGGAACGAUUUGACAGAACUGGAGUCCAGACACAGCUUCAUCUUGCAACCAAUUAACAUUAUUCAGAAAGCCUCUAUGACAGACAAAGAUUUUGCACAGGGUAUUUUUGAAGAGCAAGUCUACCUUCCCAUGAAUUCUGCUACAAAAAUAAUCAGCUGGGCUUUAAAUACAUUUGUCGUGCAGCAUAAAACUGAAAUGUUGAGAAAAAGGGAAGGUUUCCAGAAAUCUUCACAGUUUCUGAAUGAAGAAGGCAGUGCUUCAAAUCCACUCUCCUCAAAUUAGGCUGGGUUAGCAAGUCAGGUACUAUUAAUAAGCUCGCAAAUGGAACAACAAAACAGCAAAAUUCCAGUAGUGUAUAUUUUACAUUCACAUUCUUGUCAAUAUGGCUACAGCUAUUAAAAUCCGAGAAUUAAAAAGGCACCAUUGUGACUUUUUAGCAGAGCCCUAUUUUUAAAGUAGUGUAAACGCACCUUCAAAGGAAAUAAGCUUGUUUUUCUGUUCUCAUAACAAAUAUUCUUAUCCCGUUUGAGUAAUUUUUAUUAAUUUGAACAAUUGAAAUUUCAUAUUGUCAAAGUAAAUUUACAUGCCCUUUUGUAAUCAUCGUGCCAUAGUCUUUAUUAAUCUGACUCGUCUACAUGUUCUUAAUUUUGCUAAUGGAAUGUAAUUUACAAAACAAUAAAAGAAGUUGAUAGAGAAUACAUUAUAUACAUGGAUGGUAAAAAGCAAUUAUUGGUAUAUUGAGCAGAUUUUCAUAUUUGAUUUAAAAUCUUUAUCUUCCAAUCAAUUCACAGUAACUUUUUUCUUAGAUAUAACAAACAGGAAACUUAACAGAAAGAGUUAAAGUGAGUUCAUUUUCCAGUAGAUAGGGACUAAAUUGUUAUUAAGAUUUUUUCAGGAAAGUUUGAUUUCCACUUUGCAAAAGGUCUUAAUGUAUUCACAGCAGUUCUAAUCAUUUUAGAAUAAAAUCUAGUCCAAAGAAAGGUUCUGUAUACAAAUAUGCUAUAUAUUAUAUUGCAUCUUGGCACACUUGCAGAAGUACAACACAUACCCCUUUUUAAACACAAUCUAAGGUAAGACUACAAAUUGCAUUGCCAUAUCUGUAUGUAGCCAUAUGGAAUACUGGAUUGUAGGUAUACCUUUUAAACAGCAAUGUCCUGUACACAGGGAAUAAUAUUAUGUGCAAAAGUGCUUCUCUACUCUUCAAAGAAAUGCAUGCUGCUCACAGAAACAUCAGGGAAGUUGCAUUCAAUCCACAUUCAGAAUAUAUUAACUUUUGACCUUUUCUUUCAUUCUUUUUCUUCACACACUUUGCAGUACUCAGUUCCCAAUUUCAACUUACCGUUAGGUUACUCCUAGCUUUCCUUAUUUCCAAAUAACAAUGUGGGGACAAGCACAUUCUCAUAUACAGCCAUUUUUGGUUCUUCUGUCAUUCAUUCCAUACAGCAUAUAUUUUCUACCAACAUCUGCACAUCUUUAAAAAAUAGUUCCAUUCAUUUAAUACACAUUUUACCAAGGUAUACAAAUUAAUCUACUUUCUCUUUUUUUAUGUACAAACUUGCAAUUGCUCCAUUUUCUCUCAGACACAAUUGUCUUGAUAUUUAUGUAUUAAUUUUCAGUUGUGUGCUCCUUGUUGUAUUAUAGUUUAUGUAACAUUUACUUACUGUUUGAAGGCAUUUCAGUAAUUUUCAUGAAAAGCUUUUAGUAGAUUCUGUAAACAUGAAUAUUUAUCAUUUACAUGUCUCAAGCUGAAUGGCAGAACAAAUUUAUUUAACGAUGUGAAUGAAUUUUUAUAUAGAUUUUCAUUAGGUUACAAACUGUUUAUGUAAGAAUUUUCUGCAGUACUUUUAUAGAACAAUUCUGGCUUCAGGAAAGUCUAGAAGCAAUAAUUCUUCAAAUAAAAAAAUACUUUACCUGU